CAAACAUGGCGGCCUCCAUCAGCCGAUCGCUGCAGAAAAUCAGCAGCCAGUUUAAUUCUGGCCAUGGGAAAAUUUUCCGCAAUUUUUCUGUUACAAGUCACAGAAAAGACAAAGUUGGACCACAAGCUCAUUUCUUUCCUGCCAUGUCAACACCCAUGCUCCCCAAGGAUACAUUUAAAGGCAAGACAGCCUUCAUCACAGGUGGAGGAACAGGGUUAGGGAAAGGAAUGACCACUACAUUAUCACAGCUAGGAGCCCAGGUUGUCAUUACAAGCAGAAAAUUACCUGUACUAGAACAAACAGCUGAAGAAAUAAGCAAAGUAACAGGGAACAAAGUGCUGGCGGUGGCAGCGGAUGUUCGUGAUCCAGAGAGCGUGAAGGCUGCCGUGGAUCAUUGCGAGCAGGAGUUUGGAUUACCCAGCAUUGUUAUCAACAAUGCAGCAGGAAACUUCAUAUCCCCCACAGAGAGACUGUCUCCUAAUGCAUUCAAGACAGUAGUGGACAUUGUACUCAAUGGAACUGCUGUUGUCACUUUAGAACUUGGAAAAAGGCUCAUUAAAGCAAAACAGGGGGCUUCCUUUUUGUCUAUAACAACAAUCUACACUGGGAGUGGAUCAGGAUUUGUCACACCCAGUGCAGCAGCUAAAACUGGAGUGGAAGGCCUGACAAAGUCUUUGGCUGCUGAGUGGGGCAGAUAUGGACUGAGGUUUAACUGUAUAGCCCCUGGACCAAUAGAAACUAAGGGUGCAUUUAGCCGUCUUGACCCAACAGGUCAAUUUAAGGACAAGCUGAUAGAUAUUAUACCAGUGGGUCGGCUGGGUGAGGUCCCAGAGAUUGCUAACUUAGCCAGCUACAUGGUCAGUGACUAUGCCAGCUGGAUGAGUGGAAGUAUUGUAAAUUUUGAUGGAGGAGAAUAUGUGAUGAGAGCAGGGGAGUUUAAUGACUUGAGGAUUAUAACAAAUGAACAAUGGGAUCAGCUAGAGGCCAUCAUCAGGAAGGUCAAGGGGUCAUAGAGGCAGCAGCUGAUUGGUCUUGGUUUGUUUCCACGAAACCAUAAUCCAUAUUUCUUCUUUUGAAAGAUGCUCUCUUAAAUUUACACAACAAUGCAUGAAAUGAACUUACAAAUAUUCAUGUUGAAUAUCAUAUAUGUACAUUGUAUUUAUGCGAGUUGCCAAAUUACUCUGUUUUUAAUAUUAGCCAUAAAAAUCUUCCUUAUAUUUCUUUCUUUGUAAACCUGAAGUCUGAAUAACCUCUAUCUGCAGUAUAGAAUCUUUCUUAAUAUAUUGUAAUGAGCAUUAUUCCAUCUCAGUUAGUACAUUCUCAGAGUUCAGUUACUAUCAUUAUAUUGACAAUGCAUGUAAUUAAUUGUAUUGACAAUGCAUGUAAUUAAAAUUGAUUUAUAAUCAUUGAUCCUAUGUAUAUACCUCAAGCUAUCUCUGAUAUUGAUCUUUGUUCAACAGAUACAUGUAUAUGUGUAUUUAUAGUUACAUGCAUUGCUAAUCUUAAGUUAAUGCUAUACAUAAAUAUUAAUUUGUAUUGUUUGUAUGCACAUAUUGAAAAUAAAGGAAUUUCUAGGAACAA